UAUGUUACUGCGGGGCCACGCCUCGUGCGCGCCGGAGUCAUUUGUUAGUACUGUACGUGCACGCUCUCGUGGACUCCAGGCAACCACCAGGCGCUGUAGAUAUGGCGGAUGACCUGGAUGAGCUGCUGGACGAAGUGGAAAGCAAAUUCUGCAAAAAUAUUUCGGUCACAACACCACAUUCCAUCAGAAAGGAGGAUGGCCUCAGCAACACUUCCCCGACCAAAAGGAAAACAGAAGUCAAAAAGGAAACAUUCAGCUCUUCUAGAGUGACCUCAGAAACAUAUUCUGAUGUUGACAUAGAUGACCUUAUUGAAGAAUUGUUUGAUGGUGACGACAGUCUUCGUGUACAGCCAGUUAAAACUACAGCAACAAGCCAUUCAGCCAGCAGCUCAUCAUGUCAUGUAGCAAGCAGAAAGUGUUGUCCUAUAUAUCUUGGUGGCAGUUCUACAUCAUGUGGUGUAGGAACAAGCAUUUCACAAAGGACAUGCAACCAGUUAAGAUGCACUGCCUGUGAUUUCCGUGUAGCAACAUUUGAUGAUUAUGAAUGGGACCAGUCAAGUGAUUACUUAUUUUUUAGAAACAACAUGCCUGACUCUAACAAGCUAAAAGCAAAACUGGUUAGAAGAAGGGGGACACGAGCCUAUGCUUGUCAGUGCAGUUGGAGAUCAAUACAGAACCUGGUAGACCUCAAAACUGACAAAGAGCUUAAGUGGGUUUGUGGUAAACACGCAGCAUGAAAGUCAUUGUUUGAUGUUUUAUAAUUAUAUGUAUAUGCAAUGAAGUGCACUAUUUUGGUGAUAAUUUGCAUCUCAAAGAUACAUGCCUUGAUUUAACAGUUGUAUUAGGAACACUUUCUAGUAUUAUAUGUUUAUUUGUCACAAUUCUGUACAUACUACAUUUUGCAUUGUUUCUUGCUGAGAAAAAUGGUAAUAUUGUAUGGUAAUAAAAGCUAAAUGGACAGUUUCUUGACCCUGAUACUUA